CUUAUAUCUACUAGUAUCUCCCCUUCUCUUUUUCACUUUUGCCGGAAGCCUCAGAGAACCAAAGAGAGUGUAGAAAGAGAGAACAGAGAAAGUUUCUCUGAACUUGCCGGAGCUCCGGCUACUCUCUUUCUCUCUUCUUCUUAACGUCUCUUCUUGAUUUUCUCGCGUUUACAUCGGAUUCCAUGCGAUUAAGACCUAAAAGGUAUUGAAUUUGAAACAGGGCUUGUUUUUGGAUUUUGAAUCUUUUGGAGGCUUUCGUAUGAAUCAAAUUUUUGUUCUUUAGAGAGAGAUUGUUUAGGGUUUUUAGAGGGGUUUGGUUUGAGAUUUUUGCACACAAAGUGUUCGACGAAAUGGCUGAACCAAAGAAACGGUCUUCCCUUCAAGCGACCAAGCCCUGUAGAAAACCCAAGAAGAAAACUUUCCAGCUAAACCGGCUCCCUGGUUUAUCUGAAGAUUUGAAGACUAUGAGAAAGAUCCGUUUCGUUGUGAAUGAUCCUUACGCUACUGACUACUCAUCCAGUGAGGAAGAUGUUGAAACAAGUAGGAGAAGGAAACGUUAUGUCUGUGAGAUAGACCGUCCUUUCUCUCAAGCCACUGCUCAAGCUGCAGAAUCUGAGAGCUCUUAUUGUCAGGAGAGUAAUGUUAAAGUCUCACCUUGUAGCAAAAAGGUUAUAAGUGGGAAGGCCUCUCAGGUUGUGACGAAGCCUGUUGGUGUAAGGCAGAGGAAAUGGGGCAAAUGGGCUGCUGAGAUUAGACAUCCAAUCACCAAGACAAGAACUUGGUUGGGUACUUACGAGACACUUGAACAAGCAGCUGAUGCUUAUGCAGCCAAGAAGCUUGAGUUUGAUGCUUUGGCUGCUGCCUCUUCUGCUACUCCCUGCGACUCAACUGCUUCAAAUGAGUCUGCUUCUAUGAUCUCUGCCUCAGGGUCUAAUGUUGAAGCUGUGUCAAGCUUUGCUCAAGCUGGUGAAUCGAAGAAGAAGGCGGGUUUUGGUUUCAACUUUGCAGAUCUACAGAUACCUGAUAUGGGUUGCUUCAUUGAUGAGUCAUUGAUCCCAAAUGCUUGUGAGCUUGAUUUCCUCUUUACUGAAGAGAAAGACGACCAACUGUUGGAUGAUUACUGCGGUAUAGAUGAUAUGAACAUCAUUGGUCUUGAAUGUGACGGUCCAAGUGAACUUCCAGACUAUGAUUUCUCUGACGUGGAGAUUGAUCUUGGUCUCAUUGGAACCACCAUUGACAAGUUUACCUUCGUGGAUCAUCUUGCUACAAGUACAACCACUCCUCUUAAUAUCGCGUGCCCGUAAGUUUUGCAGCUAGGUGUUGUUAUUAGUAGCUUAUAGGAGCAGGGUAAAGUAGCUCCGUUUUUGUUCCGGUUUUGUUUAAGUUAUUACAGUAUAGCAGAGGCAGUUAAUCUCAGGGAAAGCAAGAACCCUAAAGAGAGAGAGUGAUAAGUUUUGUGUAUUGGUGUUACUAAAAAGUUUAGUUGACGUAAUGUUGUGAAGAAGAUGGAGCGAGGUGAGAUCAAAAUUGUAAUCUCAGAGGGAUUCUAUUUUGUAAACUCUCUCAAUCUUUGUAAGUUUUGCCUAUUGAGUUGUUGAUAUGUAUGUGAAACCAAAGUUAUUGUUUUGUUGUAUCUUCUUCUCCUCUUUUGAUUCAUCAUCACCAAUGUUCCAAUUCAAUUUCUAUAGGCUUGGUUCCGAGCUCAAGAACAGAUCAUUUAUUAUCAAAAGCUCAACUUAGAGUCUAUGUAUAA